AUGGACCGCCAGGACUCCGCCACGGCCCGCUUCACUCUCGGCCGGCAGUCCUCGCUCGCCCCCGACCGGGCCGACUCGGGCGCCGCCGACGACGACGACGACGGCGUCAUCGACCCGCGGGUCCGCCUCAUGUACUUGGCCAACGAGGGCGACCUGCAGGGCAUUCAGGACCUCCUCGACUCCGGCACCAAUGUCAAUUUCGCCGACAUCGACGGCCGCACCGCCCUCCACGUCGCCGCCUGCCAGGGCCGAUCCGACGUCGUCCAGCUCCUCCUCUGCCGCGGCGCCGACGUCCACCUCCAGGACCGCUGGGGCAGCACGCCUCUUGCUGAUGCCGUGUAUUAUAAGCAUGAUGACGUCAUCAAGCUGUUAGAGCAGCAUGGAGCUAAGCAUCCGAUGGCUCCUAUGCGUGUGGAGAAUGCACGUGAAGUGCCGGAGUACGAGAUUGAUCCGAAGGAGCUUGAUUUUUCAAAUAGUGUGGACAUAACCAAGGGAACCUACUGCAUUGCAUCUUGGCGCGGAAUUCAAGUUGCGGUUAAGAUGCUUGAGAAAGUAUUUGCUGAUGAAGAUAAAGUGAAUGCAUUCAGAGAUGAGCUUGCUUUACUUCAGAAGAUUCGACAUCCCAAUGUUGUCCAAUUUUUGGGUGCUGUAACACAGAGCUGCCCAAUGAUGAUUGUCACAGAAUAUCUACCCAAGGGAGAUUUUCGUUUAUAUCUAAAAAGAAAAGGUGCCUUAAAGCCAACAACAGCAGUGAAGUUUGCCCUUGACAUUGCCAGGGGGAUGAAUUAUCUACAUGAGCAUAAACCUGAAGCAAUAAUUCAUCGAGAUCUUGAGCCCUCAAACAUAUUGCGGGAUGAUUCUGGGCAUCUGAAAGUUGCAGACUUUGGAGUGAGCAAGCAAUUGAUAGUAACAAAGACAGUUAAAGAAGACAGACCAGUGACCAGUCAAAACACUUCUUGGAGAUACGUGGCUCCUGAGGUUUACAGAAAUGAAGAAUAUGAUACGAAAGUGGAUGUUUUUUCAUUUGCCUUGAUCUUGCAAGAGAUGAUUGAAGGUUGUCUACCCUUUUUCACAAAACCAGAAACGGAUGUACCUAAAGCAUAUGUUGCAAACGAGCGCCCACCUUUUAGAGCUCCACCAAAGCUUUAUGCACAUGGAUUAAGGGAGUUGAUUGAGGAAUGUUGGAGUCAGGACCCAUUCAGGAGACCAACAUUCAAGCAAAUAAUUAAGACUUUGGACAACAUUAAUGACCAGUAUGCUCGAAACAGACACUGGAAGGUUAUUCCACUUAUGUGUCUCCAGAACCUGGAGAAUAUCGUAAAGAAGGGUCGCUCAAGUCCCAGCAGCAAUUCAUCCCCCUCUACAAUGAGAUUUUUAGGAUUUCAGUUAUUGAACUAUGCCAUUCCGAGAUGUCAAGUUAUCUCUCUCCAAAACCGGACAAACUCUUUUACUACUGGUUGGAAGCCUGUGCUUGUAAACCUGUGAUGCUGCAAGCCUGCAACAUUACAAUCAGUCUA